AUGCAUAUCCUAAGAUCAGCUAUUCCUGCCAUCGCCGCGUGGUCAACGCUGACGAGUGGUCUUGCUAUACAUGAUCCAGCCUACUACAGAAACAAGGCAAGGCAGACAGCGGCGUAUGAUGGUUAUGUUUUUGCCUUUUUCACCAAUGACACUCUUGCUGGAGAGAAGAUUUACCUCGCCGCAAGCAACGGCAACAAUGCCCUCGACUGGACAGAGUUGAACGGCAAUCAACCCAUCCUCACCUCAACCAAGGGUACAGGAGGGGUGCGGGAUCCUUUCGUCAUUCGGUCCCCAGACGGAAAUACUUUCUACCUCAUUGCCACAGACCUUUCCAUUGGCUCUGGGACCUCGUGGGGUGCUUCAGUCCGCACAGGGAGUCGCUAUCUCGAGGUUUGGGAGUCCAACGACCUGGUAAACUGGUCUGAGCAGCGCCACGUACUUGUUUCACCCGAAACGGCAGGAAACACGUGGGCACCUGAAGCGUACUGGGACGAAGAUCUCAACGCCUAUGUCGUCUUCUGGGCAUCCUCUCUCUACGAAGAGAGCGAUACUGCCCAUACAGGCACCUCCUACCACCGCGUUCUGUACGCUACGACAACAGACUUUGUCACGUUCAGUGAGCCUGUCAUAUGGGAGGAUUCGGGGGUGUCACGCAUCGAUUCCACCGUUAUCGACGUAGAUGGCGUUUACUACCGGUUUACCAAGGACGAAGGAGGAAGUGCCACUGGCUGUACCGAUAUUAUCCAAGAGAGCUCUACCAACCUCUUGGCAACUAAUUGGACCACCGUCGCCAGCUGCAUCGGUGCUAAAGCCGGCACCAGUAAUGUCGAAGGUCCGACCAUCUUCAAAUCCAACCCAAAUGAUGUCAAUGGCGACAAAUACUACUUGUUUGUUGACGAGUAUAGUGGCCGACAUUACCUCCCACUAGAGACUGAGGAUAUUUCCAACCCCAACUGGCAGCUAGCCAGCUCCUACAGUCUCCCAGCUAGUCCUCGUCACGGAACAGUGCUUCCAGUCACAGCAGAUGAACUGAGUGCCAUCUCAGCCAAAUUCUCAGCAAAGAGAUCUGUUGUUCAAAAGCGGGCAAGCCCUGUUCUUCCUGGUUACACUGCUGAUCCCAACAUCGCCGUCUUUGGCAAGACUUACUACAUCUACCCGACGACCGAUGGUCUGUCCGACUGGGGAGCUAAAGACUUUUACGUAUGGAGCUCGACUGACUUGGUGAGCUGGACACGCAAUGAUAACCCCAUUCUCACACUCAACGGACCUGACGGCAACGUACCGUGGGCAACUGGAAACGCUUGGGCCCCAACGAUUGCGGAGAAGAACGGCAAAUACUACUUCUACUUCUGCGGCCACAACCCCACCUAUAACGCACAAAACAUUGGUGUUGCUGUUGCCGAUUCUCCCGAAGGACCAUUCACAGCACAAGAAGGCCCCCUUAUUACCAACACGGAAUCUCUCACUUCAUCUCAAGCCAUCGAUCCCGACGUAUUUGCUGAUCCCGUCACUGGAAAAUACUGGUUCUUCUGGGGAAAUGGAAACUGCUUGUACGCUGAACUGUCCGACGAUAUGCUUUCAAUCAAGCCAGAAACCAUUGGUGAAAUCACUGGCCUGACAGACUACCGCGAGGGAACAUUUGUCAACUACCGCAAUGGACUAUACCACCUCACCUACUCCAUCGAUGACACCCGAUCGCCUGACUACCGGGUUGGUUACGCAACAGCCACGAGCCCCACCGGACCCUACACCUAUCACGGGGUUGUCCUUCAAAAGGAUGAGGCACAAGGUAUCCUGGGCACCGGUCACAAUUCCAUCAUUGGUAUACUGGGAACUGAUGAUUGGUACAUGGCUUAUCAUCGUUUCGCCAUUCCCAACGGCAACGGUACCAUGCGUGAGGUUACUAUCGACCGUGUCACAUUUGACCCGGAUACUGGUUUGAUGCAGACCGUCAUCCCGACGCUGAGUAGCGUUGAAGCUGAAACUGUACCGUGA